GCUGAGGCGCGCGCGGGCUUUAAUUGGCUGCGGCUAAAACGUGCGCGCGGCCAAUCAGCGCCGCUCUGCGCCUCCAGCAGCGAACUCCGCUUCAGAGCCGCGAUGUUUACAUGUGACGCAAAAGAGCGAGAGAGAGCGCGGAGAGUCCGUCUGUACCGCUCACACGCCAUGGGUCACGGCUGGACUUUUACCGGGAUAUAAAGCAGUGCGGUGACGCGCAGCGCGUCUUUCUGAAUGACUUGUUUUUACGGAUAUCAGCGCAGGAUCAACAAUGUCCAUUUUAGCCCGGUUUAUAUGCUUUCUGCUUCAUAUCCACUUGUCUCUCUGUGUGGAAAUCGAUUUCUGUCAGCCUGUACAACUUGACCGCGAAGAGACCAGAGAAGCCGGCGUUGUGGUGAAAAUAAGCGCUUUUAAACAGGAUUUCUACCUGAACGUCUUGCCAGACGCCAGUUUUCUUGCACCUGAUGCCACAUAUGAAAGUCAUGCGUCUCCUACAGCUUCCUCAGUCUCUGAGCUGAGAAGGUGCUUCUACUCUGGAGAGGUGAACUCAGACUCUUCCUCCUAUGCAGCCCUCAGUCUGUGCGGAGGCGUGCAGGGUGCCUUCUCCUACAAUGGGAUGGGGUACCUGUUCCAGCCCAGGGGGAACCACACAGGUCCAGGGUUCCCCUCAAGUGCAGAAAAGACUCACAUCAUACGAAGAAGUCAUACCAUCAUCAACCCCCACAACUCCACGUCCAGAUGUGGGGUGGCAUCUGCUCCUGACCACGGUAUUGCAGAGACCCUGGAGAAAUACAAGCACCUGAAGGCCAAAAGUCUGGCAGAAACUGUGCUGAAAGGCAUGACCAGGUCUAAAAGGUUUGCAUCUCUCCCCAGGUAUGUUGAGGUCUUGGUCGUCGCCGACGACUCCAUGGCCAAGUUCCACGGGGACGACCUCAAACAUUACCUUCUGACUCUUAUGUCUGUGGCUGCCAAGGUGUACAAGCACCCCAGCAUCCUGAACUUCAUCAACAUCGUGGUGGUCAAGUUCAUGGUGAUCACUGAGCCUGAAAAAGGGCCCAAGGUCUCCAGCAAUGCAGCUCUGACGCUGAGGAACUUCUGCACCUGGCAGAAGAAGCUCAAUAAGGUCAACGACAAACACCCCGAGUACUGGGACACUGCUAUAUUGUUCACUAAGCAGGAUUUGUGUGGGGCUACCACCUGUGACACUCUGGGCAUGGCUGAUGUUGGGACCAUGUGUGACCCUAAGAGAAGCUGUUCAGUCAUUGAGGAUGAUGGCCUACCCUCAGCCUUCACCACAGCACAUGAGCUAGGUCAUGUCCUCAACAUGCCUCAUGACAAUGUGAAGGCCUGUGAGGAGGUGUUUGGGAAACUGAAGGACAACCACAUGAUGUCCCCCACCCUCAUCCAGAUUGACCGCAACAGCCCCUGGUCUGUCUGCAGUGCUGCCAUCGUCACUGACUUCCUGGACAGUGGCCACGGCGACUGUCUACUAGACCAGCCUCAGAAGCCGCUUGCUCUACCUGAGGACCCUCCGGGACUCACUUACAGCCUUAGCCGUCAAUGUGAGCUGGCCUUUGGCCCCGGAUCCAAGCCCUGCCCUUACAUGCAAGCCUGCUCCAAGCUGUGGUGCACAGGACAGGCCAGGGGGCAGCUGGUGUGCCAGACUCGCCACUUCCCCUGGGCUGAUGGCACCAACUGUGGCAACAGCAAGAUAUGUUACAGAGGGUCAUGCACAGAUAAGAGCAACACUACAAAAGCCAAGGUAGAUGGCCACUGGGGUAAGUGGGGGGCGUAUGGAUCUUGCUCUCGGACUUGUGGGGGAGGAGUCCAGCUGGCGAAAAGAGACUGCAACAACCCUUUUCCAGAAAAUGGGGGUAAAUACUGUCAAGGCUUGCGUGUGAAGCAUCGCUCCUGCAAUCUGGAGCCAUGCAAAGAUUCAGGAAAAAGCUUCCGGGAGGAGCAGUGUGAGGCCUUCAAUGGUUUCAGCCUCAACACCAACAGGCUUGGCUCCUCAGUGGUUUGGAUCCCUAAAUACUCCGGAGUGUCCCCAAAAGACAGAUGCAAGCUCAUCUGCAGAGCCAAUGGCACGGGAUACUUCUACGUUCUUGCACCAAAGGUCGUGGAUGGAACACUCUGUUCUCCUGACACCUCAGCGGUCUGCGUUCAAGGGAAGUGUAUCAAGGCAGGCUGUGAUGGCAAGCUGAGCUCCAGCUUGAAGUUUGACAAGUGUGGAGUGUGUGGAGGGGACAACCAGAACUGCAAAAAGGUCUCUGGAGUCUUCACCAAACCCAUACAUGGAUAUAACUUUGUGGUCACCCUGCCUGUCGGAGCGUCAAACGUGGACAUCAGACAGCGUGGCUACCGGGGUUUGGUCAAUGAUGACAACUACUUGGCUGUCAAGGACAUCCACGGCAAGUACCUCCUCAACGGGAACUACGUGGUGUCUGCUGUGGAGCGGGACAUCAUUGUGAAAGGCAGCCUGCUGCGCUACAGUGGAACCUCCUCAGCUGUGGAGACGUUGCAUCUAGCCAGACCUCUUCGGGAGCCCCUUACAGUGGAAGUUCUGUCUGUGGGCAAAAUGACACCUCCUCGCGUGCGCUACUCCUACUACCUGACCAAGGACAGCAAAGAGGAGAAGAUCUUGAAGAAGGAGGAAAGGAACCAUGCCCAGAACAGCAUUCUGGAGGACACCAAUAAGGUGGAGCUGAAGAAGCCAGCCUAUCAGAAGCCCUCAAGUAAGUGGGUGAGUGGUGACUGGGAGAAGUGUUCUGUGAGCUGUGGGAAUGGCUUUCAGAAAAGACUUGUCCAGUGUCUGGACUCUAAUGGCAAAGCAGCCACAUAUUGUGACAGCACACAAAGGCCUAAUACCAUCAGGGUAUGUGGUGACCCUUGCCCCAUGUGGAGCACUGGAGAAUGGUCUACUUGUUCAAAAAGCUGCGGAAAAGGCUUCAAGAGAAGGCCUCUACGCUGCAUCACUCAAUCAGGAUUACUUCUACCCAGAGACCAUUGCUCUGGCAAGAGGAAGCCCCAGGAACUAGAUUUCUGCUCUGUUCAAACCUGCUAAGACUUGCUAAGACACGUUACGACUCCUUCAGACAUUAUGCUGUAGACAUCCUGUAGGACAGCUUUUUCCCAGCUGAGAGAAACUUGCUCUUAAUUUAGUUUCCAUUGUUGUUACUUUUGUGUCUCAUGGUGCCUCACCUUUGCAACAGGAGCAAAGCGACAGUUGAGACCGGAGAUGGAUGUGAUUAAAAACGGCAGAGUACAAACUUUGGUAUCAUUUAUGUGAUAAGUCACACACAGCCUACCUCGAAAAAGACACUGAACUACAGUACGACACCAACAAAAAGAGUCCGAACACAGUACAUUUGGAAAAAAUGCCCUCCCAAGUGAAAAACACAAAGGCAAAGGCAUCCUUAUUUCACGCAUCACAAGAUUGCUGUUAAGAGAAUGAAGGCUGAUCUGGUUUAAUGUGAAUUAUGUGAAUCCACACCAGUACCGUAUGUUAAGUGUGAAGAAAAGGGUGUACAAAAUAGGGAUGCUUGGCUUUGGCACUGCAAACCGUUUUUAAAGGUAAAUUGGUUAUACUUUACUUGAACCCAGCAACAUAACAGACAUAACCAGGCCAUAAUCAUAUCAUGGGAGAUGAGUUGUCAUGACAGAUUUUGUUCAGUGUUAUCGCCAUGGCUGCCGGAACCACCGCUUGAUCCCCAGCUUUUGAAAAUACUGGGGUGGUGCUUUUGUAAUUGAAGGGCACAACGUUCCCCAUAAACAGAACCCAUGUUGAGUUGUACAAGCUUUCACGUUCAUUUUACAACCUGUGAACUGUCUCCUCCUUUAUAAUGUAAGGACUUCGGCAGAACCCAGUGAACCCGCAGGAUCAAAACAUACACUGAUGUUGUUUAACUGGGAUAUUAUGUUAUAGCCAUCACAUGGUCUGCUAUAUCUGUCUAAUGUGUUUGUCAAAUGUACAUUUUGGGCUGAUGCUCUUAUCCAGAGCGACUAACAAUUUGAUCAUUUUACACUGGUAGGCGAAGGGAACGUUAGGAGUCUUGCCCAAGGACUCUUAUUGGAAUAGUGUAGGGUGCUGGCCCAGGUGUUACCCUCUACACUAUACCAACCAAAUGAGACAUCUUUCUCUCCAUCAUCACUUUCACAGAUUUCACAUAGGAAUGCUUUAGUAAAAUUCAGCCACAUCAACAAUUUGACUUCAUGAGGUGGAGAAAUUUUGACAUACGCCUGUGUGACGUGAUACAAACAGACUUCCACGUAUGAUGCACAUGUGUUUCCUCGCUCUCAAAGCUUCCUCCCGUCUUCCCAGACAUGUUUAUGGCAUGGUUAUGUCAAUGUUAUGUAGCUGGGUUCAAGUGUUGCCAGUAAGUUCAGUUAUACACACUGAUAUUUAGUCAUUUCCAUUUGAGUAUAACUGAAGAUGGUUUUGUACACAUUAAAAUCAGUGUAAAUACAACACUAAGUGUUUACGGUGAUAUUUAGGAUUACUGGAACUUUAAAACACAUCCUGGUGCUACAAAAUCUAAUUGACUGAGCACUUCCAAUUUUUUUUAAGUUGAUCUGUUGUUAGUAGAAAAAAAUUGUACUGGCUUGGUCAAAGAAAAACUGAAGAUUCACAAUCACUGAUAUGCUUGUAGUGCUUGUAAUUCUCAGUGGCUCCUUUCAGGUUAGUGCCCGAGACAAACACUCAGCUGAAUUAUGUUUACCUGAGUAGAUGACCAAAAAGGUAUUUACCCUAGAAAAGUUUGACAUAUCCAUAUUGAAACUUCCGCCAAAGGCUGUGGAAGUAACGUAGGUCUGUAUUGCAUGUUCAAAUACCUUGGAAAAUAUGUUCCCCCUUUAUGCUUUAGUGUGCAACCAAGCCUAAAACUGAACAAAUUAACUACUAGACUAAAAGUAGAUUUUAGUGGUUCUUUCAAUUCUUCAAUGUUUUCAAUGCCAAGUGAACCUUUUCCCCUCCUGUUUCUAUAUAGUGCAUGUUUAAUUCAAAUGAUUCAACAUCAUUCCAAAUUGCUUGCAAUCUUAAAAGGCAUUUAUCAUCAAAAAUAUGCUGAAGUGUACUUUUCAUUUUAUUAGAUUAUAUGACCCCAUCUGAAAGAACCCAGUAGCUGCAAAUAUAAUGACCCCCAUGCUAAAUCAUCACAUUAUUCCUCACAGAUCUACUCCCUGCUGUAUAUGAGGAGAUAUACCAUCUAGUUUAGACAAUACCUAUACAUCGGUUAUUGCUGUUGGAGUCUCUGUUCUGAAAGCGGACUCGUUUUGAGGAUCUUUUGAUGCUCAUGCAGUAAGAGGCACUUAUAUUUUAUUACCAGUUUCCUUUGUAUACUGUGUAUACAUUCAUGUAACUGUGCAUAAAUAAACGUUGACAUUUAAAUGUA